AUGGAGGAUACUGAAUCUUUAUCAAAUUCUUUACACGACCUUGCGAUAACGCCUACGCAUACCAGUAUACCGGACUCGGAGUCAUGCGCAGAGGUCGGUUCCGAACAACCGUCUAUUACACCAAAGACAGGGCCUCCUUUCGAUGGAGCGACCUUCAUCAUUCGUGAUCCCCAAACAGGCCUGGUUAUCACACUUGUGGGUGGAAGGUUAACCUUGCUCUCUGGAUACAAUGACUUGUUGGACAACUGCCGUGAUGGACGUGGUAGCCACUGGCGCUGUGUAGAAAGCCAGGGACGCUGGUUAGGCUUCAAGAAUACGGUUUCGGGGCAGUUUAUCGGGCAAUACUUUGAGAAUGGCGAAUGGCAUUUCUGGGCAAAGGAUGAAUUCCACACUUCUUUACAAUUUUUCUGCACCAGGCAUUAUUGGUUGAGUGGUGGCUAUGAGAUGCUUGUGAAGCAUGGGGAUGGCUUCCGUGCGAUGAAAAUAGGCGGCCCUGAUAAAACGAAGCUGGUGGUUGGCGAAGAAGGAGAAAGAGGAACAGCAUGGGAGUUUCUGGAAGUUGAACAUCCGGUUACUGAUGCUUUCUGA